UGAAUCUUUUUUUUAAUAACUUUUAAUUUAUAAUAUUUCUUCAAAAGCUAUUUAAAGGCAAUAAGUUUCCAUCUACAUAAAAUAUCAAUUAUAAGUAUUAAAAUUAACGAUGCAGGCUUUGGCUGUGUCUGCUCCUCAGGAUCUGAUUAAAGUAUUGACCAAUGAAGCCACAGAAAAUUAUCUUGGCUCGGUUACACUACUGAAACAAUUAACGGUUGCUGCUGUAAGUACAGUGGUAUAUUUUAAGGAUGCUUUUCCGGAGGACAGCUAUAAUAUAGAGAAGUUUAGAGAACUAAAAUUGCGAAUAUUGAAGAUGAAAUGUCGAGAUGAAUCUGCUCAAUUUCUGAGCACAGCGUUAAUAAAUGCUUUUGACGCAUUUGAUAAGAAAUAUCUCCACCGUCUAGCGUUGUGCUUCUACGAUGACGAAUGUAGGCCGGAGAAUUUGGUGGACUAUCAUAUAUUUGAGUACACGUACCACGAGGCGGGCGCGAGUUUGCGCGUGCGGUCGGGCCGCGGCAACGGGGGUCCGGAGCGCCGCGGCCUCGACGACAAAGCCUACGCCAUGCUGCAAAGCUGCACAAUCAUCAAUAACGGUUUCCAGAAAAAGUUGCCGGCCUCAUUCGACAUAAGCUUGAGACUUUAUUACAAUGAAGCGGCGCCAGAAGACUACCAAGCGCCCGGCUUCCACUGCGGUGACGAGUUCGAGGAGCACUUGUCGCAAGUGGACAUGUCGACUUACUUGUUAGGGGAGGUGGAAACGCCCUAUCACGGCUUCCGCGUCACCUCUUGCUUCAAAGAGAACCUGGGAUCAAGCCACGAAGCUAUCGCUUCGCAAAACCCGCCCUUGAUGACACAAACUCAAGAUGUUCCCGUGAGUUCGUCUUUAGCAGGCUAUGCAGUGUCGGAGGGGGCGGUGCGCUGCCCCUGCGGACUUGACAGAGCUGACCUGCCUCGUGACGUCACCUCCCUCAUCACCUGCGAGUACUGCAAGACGCAGCAGCACGCGGCGUGCUUCGGUCUGCUGCGUGAUGUGAUGUGUCAGAGUCAGUGCGCGGUGCGGCUGAUGCUGGCGUGGUGCGGAGCGCGCGGCGCGGUCAGCUCGGCGCCGCUGUGCGCGCUGGGCCUGGCGCAGCGCUACGUGCUCCGGCUGCUGCAGUACCUGCGCGCCAAGCACGUGCUCGCACACGACGACUGGAAUGUACCGCAAAAAGUGAACGAGCCGCGGCUGCGGGAGGUGAUGGCGUCCUUCUUCUCCGACUUGAAGCCGGGAGUCGUGGAGCGGCUGCUGGAGGAGACGCUCGCCUCUCAGGAGAGUCGGUCGGACUCCGCGCCGGAGGUGCUCAGCCCCUCCCAGAUGGCGAGUCUCCGCGAGGCCACAAGCGUGGGUCGCGUGGUGGAAUUGCAUUCGCCGGUCCCAGCCGGCGAGCUGCUGCAGCAGUACCGGGAUGCUUUGACUCCAACCCUGAAGGAUGAAUCCCUCGCCGACACGCUGGCCGGCUUCGGCCUCGCCAGGAACAAGCGGAAACUGGAACCCGACACCACCACUCUCAGGUCCAAGGUCAAAUCUAAAAGAUCUCGGAGUACUUUUGAGUAA